CAUAUCACGGUGCCGAAAUGCACUGUGGGAUGUCAACAUGGCUGCCUCCAGUGGAAGUUUGUUGGCCUGGGGGGCCAAUAGCUUUGGGCAGUUGGCAUUGGGGCACACACGAGACUGCCUAAUACCAGAAGUGGUUGACCACCCACCCGAAGGCAUCGUUUCACUCGCUGGGGGAGCUGGGCAUACAACCUUGUUGACAGAGAGUGGCAAAGUCUUCAUGUGUGGUAGUAACUUCAAGGGCCAACUGGGCCUGGGUCACACACAGAACAUGUACAGGCUCGUCGAGGUACCAGACCUCCCACGGAUCGUCAAAGUCACAUGCGGAUGGGACCACACACUAGCAAUAACAGAUAAAGGCCAUUUGUUCUCCUGGGGGUCCAACAUGUUUGGUCAGCUUGCCCAGAAUGCGAGGAGACCGGCCAGAAUUCCGGCUUUUCCCUCGGGGCAAAAAGUCGUAGACAUCGCUGCUGGCCUGAGGCAUUCCCUGGCCGUGACGGAGGACGGCCGGGUCUGGUCCUGGGGGAGUGGUGUCAAAGGUCAACUGGGACGGUUUGACGACCAGGCGCGAGCAGGAGGUCAGGCGGGGGCGGAGUUACGCGUGGUGCCUGAGAAGUCGGACCAACCCCAACCAGUUGACUUUGGCGAGGAGACGGUCAAGAUAGUACAGGCUGCAGCCGGAGCAAACCACAGUGUAGGGUUAUCUGACGAGGGGGUAGUCUACGUGUGGGGGGAGAACAAGCGGGGACAGCUCGGUGAGGAGCCGUCGUCAGACAGCGUAGCCAAAGCUGACAUCAUUCCCCUCCCAAAAGCCCUGGACAGGGAGUUCUUUGGAGGUCGGUCCGUCCUCAGGAUACACUCGGGAUGGACACACAUGGUUGCAAUGCUCGAUGACAAAACGGUGGUCGCAUGGGGACGGAACGACUACGGCCAGCUGGGCUGCCCGACGGAACCAGAGGGGGGAGACGCGGAGGCGGAAGGGGAACCCGGCGAAGACAACGGAGAGCAGAGUCCCAGCAAAUACAGCUGCACACCCAUCGAGGUGCCAACACUCCAAGGCUGUAGUCAGAUUGCAUGUGGAGCUGAGCAUAAUCUGGCUAUAACAGAGGACCAGGUUCUGUUGGCCUGGGGUUGGAAUGAGCACGGCAUGUGCGGGGACGCCAGGGUCAUCGACGUCCACACACCCAAGAAAGUGGACACCCGCCUGGGCGGGAAACCAGUACUAAUUGGGUCUGGUGCCGGCCACUGCCUGGCAUUGUGUGAAUAAGGGCCCGCCAUGAACCGGACUGCGCUGGUUUCCGGGGCUGGGAGCGGAUGCGAGGGACUGGGCCAAUGUUCUCAUGGGUUGGUCAUGUGGUUCUGUGAGUAAUACGCGACGACGUGGGUUGUUUCCCCGCAGCUACUUGUACUGCCAAAGUAUUUCCCAAGGUUUUCAAUCCAUUGUUAACCCUCCCCAUUCCAGAUCCUGCAAAAAUGUAUCCCUAACCAUCCUAAAUCCUUCAAAAUUAAUUCCUAUACCAUCCCAGAUCAUUCAAACGCCAUCCUUUAGCAUCCUAGAUUCCAUAAAAUCAAUCUCCUACCAUCCCAGAUCCCACAAAAUCAAUCUCUUGUCAUGCCAGGUCCCACGAAAUGCCUUACCAUCCUAGAUCCCAAAUAUCAAUCUCUUACCAUCUCAGAUCCCACAAAAUCCAUCCCUUACACAUGUUACAUCUCAGAUCCCACAAAACCAAUCCCUUACAUCCCUGAUCCCACAAAACCAAUCCCUUUUAGUCCAGAUCCAUUGCUUAAAUCCAUUGCUUAUUAUCCCAGAUCCUUCAAAAUCAAACCCUUACCAAGCUGGAUCCUACAAAAAUCCAUCCCUUACCAUCCCAGGUCUGAUAAAACCAAUUCCUUAACAUCCCAGAUCUACAAAAUCUAUCCCUUGCCAUCCUAGAUCUCACGAAAUCCAUCCCUUACCAUCCCAGAUCCCACAAAAUCCAUCCCUUACCAUGCCAGAUCCCACAAAAUCAAUCCCUUGCCAUGCAAGAUCCGACAAGAUCCAUCCCAUAUCUUUCCAAAUUCAUCCCUUGCCAUUCCCCAGAUGCCACGAAAUCAAUCCUUUACCAUCAAAGAUCCCACAAAAUCAAUACCUACCAACUCAAAUCCUUCAAAACCCAUGGACUUUAUUGGGCGGUACAAGUAUUGUCGGUGGAAUGCACAAAAUGGAGUCGUCUUGUUGGUGACUUUAGCCACUGUUAUUUUUUUCUUUUAUCUUUUUUUGGCAUUUAUUCAUUAUUCUUUUACUUUUAAAUUUUUGAGCAAUUUUUUUCCUAUUUAACCUCUUGUUUAAUAUUAUUAUUAUUAUUAUUGGUGUAAACGUUUUCAUUUUUUUUGGUUUUAACCAUAUUUUUUUUUCCAUUCGUAUAACGAUGGGCUUCGUAAGUCAGUUAACAGUUGUGUGUCUCACCAGACAUGCUUUGGGCUUGGAACGACGUUUCUACACCCAAGUUUUCAAAGGUUUUUGUCAAGACAAAAAUCUGAAGAUGGCAGAAAGAACUCAAUUUGCAAACUGGUCACUUUCAGUGAUUUCAUUGGUUAGUUACGCAACGUUUCAGUUUGAGUGGUGAAACAGUUUUCACGCAAAACCAGUUUUUUUUUCACUGUAAAGUUCAAUCUGAGGAUUCACUUUGAGUGAUAAAGUGACUGGAAGCAAGUCUAGUUUUACCAAGGCAUUGUGGGUGCUUGCCUCCGAUGAGGGUUAUGUUUUCAAAACCUGGUUUCUACGGCAACUGGGUACUCAUUUUGCUCUUGGAUCGCCAAGGGGUCGUUGUUAAGGAGGGGAUGAGGUGUCAACCAAUCAGAUUGCAGUUCUUUGGUUGUGGCCACCGGAAUCUGUUGUCUGAUUGGCUACUGAUUGGGGACGCUAUGAUGCGGGUGGUGCCCGUAGCAACAGAGCAUAAAUCUUUUGGGAGUAUGAGCUGGGG